AUGGCAGAUAGCCGCGACGAUAAUAAUGGAUUUUCGGAACAGAAAAGCGAAGGUCCCGAACGAAAGGACGGUGGGCGUGAUAGUGGACGUGAUAGUGGACGUGAUCGUGAUGAUGUGUGCCGAGAUUUCUUGAAGAACAUCUGCAACCGAGGCCGAAAUUGCAAAUUUUACCACCCUCCCGACGCUGAAAAGCCAUCAGAAACGCAAAUUCACUUCUGCAUUGAUUAUCAGAAUCGCGGUUGUACGCGAAACCAAUGUCGCUUCGUCCACGUCCCUAAAGAAGAAGCCGAGCGCUACAAAGCGACGCGCGAAGUGAAUCUACCAUUAGCUCGCGCAAUUGCCGCAGUGACGAACGGCGACACAAUCAACGGAAUCCCAGUGUGCAAGGAGUUUCAAACCGGAAAAUGUGGUCGUGGCGCGGCGCGCUGUCGCUAUUGGCAUGUGAAUCUCGAAGAAGAGCGCGAGCGAAGGCGACGAGGUCUUCCAAUGGGUGCUCCUCUCCAUGGCGGCGGCGGUGGUGGUCGAAUGGGCAACUACGGAGGCGGCGGCGGCUCUUAUGGUCCACCAAUGGGUGGUAUGCGACGACCUGCUCCACCAAUUGACGACUACUAUGCUGAAACGAAACGUGCUCGUAUGGAUGAUCAACGUGUCACCGAAUUGGAACGCCGAUGCGCCGAACAACAAAAGGAAAUUGAGGGACUGAAGAGAGAGCUACAACGUGAACACGAGCGCUACGAGGAUUUAUAUGCAUUGUUUCGACAACAGACGGCUGGAGGAGGUGGUGGUGGUGGUGGUGUUUCGAGCGCUCCGAGUUAUGGUCAACCCGGGCAAGCUAACUGGGGAACAACAUGGCCC